AUGGCCAUGGCCAGCUCGGCGUCAGCCAGUUUGUCGUCCCACAUCGAGCUGCCGUUGAUCACGGUGCAGCCGACGUUCCCCGAGGUCGUGCACGACAUCGGUUCAGGUAGCGACGCUUCGGCCGAGGAUUGUUGGAUCUCGUGCUAUUGGAAGGGCAAGACUUCGGUCCAUGGCAAAGUGAGGGUGCUCGAAGCCGAGGGAGGGGGUGCGGUAGAGCUGGUCGCCAGGGACGGGGUCACGUGCCGAAUGGUCGAUGGCAAGGUAUGGAGCGAAUGCUUGAUCCAAACGCUCUACAUACGUGACUCGUAUCUCUGACGUGACCCGGAUGAUUACCGUGGGGCAGACUACAACCCUCGAGUGUUCGUGUGAGCAGCUGGCAAUACCCCCCACUUUGGUCCACUUCCCGCUUCGCACCGAUCGAUUGGCCAACUUCGGACCGGUCAACUCGCUCGACAUCGCCCCGGACGGAUCUCGCUACGUCGUAGGCGGAGACAACGGCUUGGUGCGAGUUGUCGAGCUUUCGCCUUCGCACUCAUCCACGCAAGCGCCGCGGCAGAUCGCGCUCAAAGGUCACCUGGCCGAUCUCACCGUCGUGCGAUUCUUCCCGUCGGGCGAAGUCGUGCUCACCGGAGCGAUGGACAUGACCAUUCGGAUCUAUUCGGCUCUGAGCGGGAAAGAGGUCAGGACCCUGACGGGCCACACAAAGUCCGUCUCGGGAUUUUUCAUUCUCGGCAAGGGCAGGAAGAUCCUCUCGUCGUCGCUCGAUGGAACGAUCCGAUUAUGGAACAUUGCCGAGGCCAAAGUGGAAAGAACGUGGAGGUUUGACCAACCCGUUUCUGCCUUCUCUGUGUCACAGUUCACCGGAUCGACAGCUUUGGCGGAGGACUACCCCGAAAUCGAGGAGCUCUACGCCAUCGCCGCGCACACGAACGGUUCUGCAACGGCCCUUCCCCUCGGCACCGACACCUCUGCUCCCUUGCUACGACUGCGAGCUGGCUCAUCACCCCUGCACUCGAUCGCGCUCGAUUCCGAUUCUGGCCGACUUGCUUUGGGAUCUCGGAACGGCCGCGUUGCUCUGUUCCAGCUUCCUGCUCUUGAUGCAACCAGCCCAAGACCGGCGCAGGAGACGCUUGCCCCUCUGUUGACCCUAUCACGCUCCGAUACUGUUGUUCAUCGACUCUGCUUCUGCACUACGUCGAAUCUAGCACCGACGCAAGAUCUCCUUGUCGCUGGCGCCGAUGGACUCCCAUUCCGAGUAACUUUACGUCAAGACCCUUCCGAUGCCACAAGUACAACGGCAUCAAUCGUGGAUGAGUAUUCCGGCUUGGACUGUGAAGCAUCUACUUCCGCGAUUGCGUCGCAUGGGUGGAUCUGGGUCGCUGGCGCGGAUGGGAUGAUUAGGCGAUAUAAGGGCUAA